CAAUUCUCCAAUAACGGCCCGUCGAACCGAGAUCCGUCGUGGGAAAUUUUGAGCGGUCCCGACCCCGUUCGACCUCGUCCGCACGGCACGCCUAUAGGUACCUCGACCGCCGUGAGUUGUGGAGGCUGUAGACGAACGACAGCAGCGGCCUCCAGCGCAAAGCAUAUUCUACGGCUUGACGUCACACGGAAAGUUAGUUGUUGCGUGGGUAUACAUACACCAUACCUCGAACCCUACCGAAGGACAGGGUCGCGACGAGCCAAGGUCGGCUGUGAGGGAAACAAAUAGCAUUCGCGAUGCUGGCGGUAACAGAGCUGGGCUUGCGCGCCCGCUUGCCAGGCUCGCUGGCGACGACGACGACAACCUCGCCAGUCAUGGCCGUGGGUCGAGCUCUCUUCUCUACUUCAGAGAACAGGGCAGCCGCCAACAGAAGAACCCAAGCGGCUAUUCGCAAGCAUACCGGCAAUGCCGUGAGGCAAACCGGCAAGCAACCGGCGCCGAGUUUAGAGAGGGCUAAGAUGGACCCUUCCAAGGCGCCCACCUUUGUUCUCCCAGAAACCUUUGUCAUUCCUCCCUUGUCACGCUUCCCGAAACAGUUCAAGCCGCUCAUGUCCUACCUCUGGGGCAUCGUCCGUGUCAAGUCGUUGGACUUUUUACUGUCCAGACAAUAUCGGUUCUCGUCCAUGCCUGGCUGGAGACAGAAGCCGCUGCUCUCGCUCAAGAAGGCGCCUUUGAUUGCGCAGACCAAGGCCCUGCACCGACAGAUGAACGAGGCCAUCGCCUCGGGCGACGCGGAAAUGCUAGAGAAGAUUGUCGACUCGUACUUGUACGUGCCGUUGGCGGUUAACAUCGAACAGAGGCCCAAGGGCCGCACCUGCACAUGGGAGCUAGUGCGCUACAACAAGGAGCCGCGCAUCGUCUCCCACAAGAUCUUCCCUCUGCAGGGAACCAAGGAUAAGCUGUUGUGGCAGGUCACCGUGUCCAUUGCCAGCCGUCAGCGCGUGGUCGAGCACGAGAGGGGCAAGGUCGUGCCCGGUAGCGAGAAGGAGCUGGAUCUGGUCGAGAACGUGGUGAUCGGAACCAUGAUCAGCAACGAGACGUGGGCAACACAAAAUGCGUGGAAAAUUAUCUCUACCGUUCAGCCCAUGACGCCAGAGAAGUGGGAGCGGGAGCAGGAGACGGUCAAGCUGCUGGCUGAGGCGGGUGCCGGGUCGAGCUAGUUAGAGAAGACAUACCCUGGAGAGUUUUAUAUUGUGAGAGGCGUUCGGUGUCAGUUACUGUGUAGUGAUGAGUAGGGACAGCCUACAGUUGUACGAUUACACAACGGUCUAGAGAAAACCAAAAUGUACAUUAAGCUUCUAAAGUCCAACGGGCACCAAAAUCUAGCGGGCGGCUCACAUGAACAAGACAGCAGCGGUCCUCCGAGCUA